ACCCUCUGCUGUCUGUGCUGUGGGACCUGAGCCGAGUCUCCCGCUAAGGCUUUCUUUCCCUCCUUCGCGGCCGAGAGCCUCUGCCGGCUGGCACCCCCCCGGGUUCUGUGGCACCUCACUUCGCCAGCUCCGGCGCUCUUCCUGCAUUUCCUCGGCGGUGCUUUGAUUCGGGGGACUUUCUGUGUGUUUUCUCCUCUUUCCUCUUUGUUGCUCUAAAACCGGCCAGGCCGAAGCCCCCCACUCCGGAGGGAAUUCGACUUCUGGAGAAAGGCGGCUGCCACGGGCUGCACCCGCCCCUCCUGCGGACCUGCAGGCCGGUGCGCCCACCCCGCCUGCCUCACCCGCCGCCUGCGUUCGUUUGAGGGAGGAAGCCAGCCGCGAGUUCAUUGAUGCACCCAUUCCAGUGGUGUAACGGGUGUUUCUGCGGCCUGGGACUGGUUAGUACUAACAAGUCCUGCUCAAUGCCACCCAUCAGUUUCCAAGACCUUCCCCUCAACAUCUACAUGGUCAUCUUUGGCACAGGCAUCUUUGUCUUCAUGCUCAGCCUCAUCUUCUGCUGCUAUUUCAUCAGCAAACUCCGGAACCAGGCACAGAGUGAACGAUACGGAUACAAGGAGGUGGUGCUUAAAGGUGAUGCCAAGAAGUUACAAUUAUAUGGGCAGACCUGUGCAGUCUGUCUAGAAGACUUCAAGGGGAAGGAUGAGUUAGGGGUGCUCCCAUGCCAACAUGCUUUUCAUCGGAAGUGUCUGGUGAAGUGGCUAGAAGUGCGCUGUGUCUGCCCUAUGUGCAACAAGCCCAUCGCUGGCCCCGCAGAGGCCACUCAGAGCAUCGGGAUUCUGUUGGAUGAGCUGGUGUGACUGCUGCCUCUACACCAAGGCCUGGAGAAGACCUCUUGCCUCGUGGGUGCCUGGUCCCUUUGCAUAGCUGCAAGGAACAAGACUGUUGGGUGGUAAUGGUCAUACUUACCUGAAAGGGAGGGAGUGCAGGGCUGGUCUCCCACCAUUAGGGUGAGACCAGACUUGCCCCCACCUUCUUGCUUCCUGAAGUCUUCUUCCCUGCUACUCAGUACUGACAGCAUCACCCAUCAAGACCAAUGUAUCCUAGUACUGGACUAUUUACCUGCCUUGUCUCUGCUCUGGGGAAAGAAAUCCACCCGUCUGGUCAAGAACUUGGAGCACCCCCCUUGCAAGUUCCUUUUAGGAGGAAAAACUGCCCUAGAAGAAGGGAUGAGGUGGGCUCUGCCCUCCGUUCCUGCCCACUCCUUCCAUAGGCAGGUUAGAAGGGAAGGAAGGAAGGAAGGAAUGAAAAAGAUCAAGGAACCAAGUGCCUCCAGUGGAAGUCAGGGAGGCGCUGUAGGAAUAUCAGGAAGAGCAGGGACAUAUGAAAAAGCAAAGUCAAUGUUUACAUGGGACCUAAGGAAACAGGCUGGCUGGCCAGCCUGCUGGCUACAGGGUAAUGGAGGGUCAGUGCCCUCCCCCUGUUAGGGUCUGAGGUGCUAUCCAUUCACUCUCUUCCUCAGUUAAUCUCAGAGAGCUUCCUAUUGGAGUGCCCCUCCGGAGAAAGGGCUUGUUCUACGCUCAAAUGGAUUUCCAGGGGCUUUUUCUAAAGGAGCAAAAGGGGCCUGGGGAUGCAGGUGUCUGAAGGUUAAGGUAACAACAGAUGCCUUCUUCCCCUGUGUAAAUAGUAUUUUUAUACUUCAUCCUCACCAUCUCAGGCUUUAUGUAUGGAAUCCCCCAGAUGGAGAGGGUGGGGGUUUCCAUUCCUCCUCAGAGUGGGUGAGGGUGGGAGAAGGUAUGUAUUUAAAGGAAAUUAAAUUUAAUAACAAGUUUCUCUAA